AUGUUGCCAGAGGAAGCCACCUUAAUAGCGCUGGUGGAAAGAGGAUUUGCUCAGUGGCUGGACUACCAGCCGUGUCCCGGAUGGCUCCGCAAGUCUCUACAGAGACGUGCUCACACCACCCGUGAGGGAGAGGCGGCAGAGACACGGAGCCAAGGUGGCAACGUCCCGCCCCAGAAGGAAGCCAGGCCAGAGGCAGCCGCCCCACAGCCCCGUGGCUCCCUCCUGAGCUGCAGCCACCGUCCCCUGCGCAGAGAUGGCUCCAGCAGCAAGGCCCAACUGGACUCCCCCUUGGUGCCCCACACGGAAUCCCCCACGCCCAGCAUCCGUAACCAGCGGCUCUGUGACAUCAGCCCCGGGGCCGAGGUGCUGUGGGCAGCGGCGAGCUGCGGGCGCCAGCUCAAGGCUUCUUCCUCUGGGCUGUUGCGCGUCGUGGGUGGCACAAAUGCGGCUCCGGGGACCUGGCCCUGGAUCGUCAGCCUCCAGCGCCCCUGGGGAAAACGCACCAAGCAUUUCUGUGGAGGGUCCCUCAUCAACCCACAGUGGGUGCUCACAGCAGCCCACUGCUUUGACAAGUUCAGGAAAAUCGCCAAGUGGCGCGUGGUGAUCGGGACCACAAAGUUGUCUCAGCUGGGCCCCGAGGCCCAAGUGCGACGCAUCAAGCGGCUGCUGCGUCACGAGGCCUACUGGCAGGUCACAGCUGAGAAUGACAUUGCUGUGCUGGAACUGGACCAGCCCAUCCAGUGCAAUGAGCACGUCCAGCUGGCCUGUUUGCCUCAACCCGAUGACGUGAAGCUGUCGGAGCUGAAAAACUGCCAGGUGGCUGGUUGGGGAUCCACAGUUGCACGAUCCACAGAACCAGAAAUAUCCGAUGUGCUGCAGGAGGCCAAGGUUCACCUCAUCGAUACCAAGCUCUGUAACAGCAGCCAGUGGUACACAGGGGCUGUGCACAGCUACAACCUGUGUGCCGGGUACCCACAGGGUGGUAUCGACACCUGCCAGGGUGACAGUGGUGGUCCCCUCGCCUGCCAAGACAGCCACGCUGACUACUACUGGGUCGUUGGACUGACCAGCUGGGGGAAAGGCUGUGCAAGAGAAAAACAGCCUGGCAUCUACACCAGCACUCAGCACUUUUAUAACUGGAUCCUGGAGCACAUGGGACGGCACCAAGAAGAGGCAGCAGCUCCUCCACUGUCACAGCCUGUGUCCACCUCAGCCCCCUCUCAGACACCAAGGCCAGGUGCAACACAACCAGGCAGCUCCACGUCCUGUGCCUUUGCAUGCCGGAAGGCGUUGAAGUUCCUCAGUUUGCUGUGGGGGCUCCUGCGGUUCCUGAUGGGAAAAGGGGCUUGA